GUGCUUAGUGCAGCUCUGUGUCUCCCACCUUGAACCCGUGCAAGAGCGGCAGAACAAGGAUCGCACCUGUGCUCAUAUCACUCCAAACUACUUUUUCGUGAAUGACAGAACUUGAAAGGUCUGUAGAGGCGCUCAAAGCUGCCGUCAAACAAAGCGGAAUCGACAAGCGCGUUGGCGACGUUGUCGGCCAGUUUACUUCGUACCUUAUUCUUUUGAAAUCGUCGUCUCCUUCUUCACAAUCAAUAUCAAAACUUCGUUCUAUCCUCCGUCGACCUCUAGUUCCCUUGUAUGCUGCCGUUCCUGGACCUGCGCUCCAGCUUUCCUCUGCUGUACUUCGCAAAGUAAUCGAUGACAAACUAAGAAACGCUCUGAAUGCUCAAAAUUUACAACUAAGCACCUGGUGGAAUGAGGUUGCGGUUGCGCUUUUAUCAGGUGUCCUGGAUUUUCUUGACAAACACAGUGAUGGUACGAUUAGAUUCGGAGGUUCUUUCUUCUAAGUAUCUGUCUAAGCCCCGAAUUUGGUAGAUAUGACCAAGGAAACCAUUGCAUCAGCAUUUUAUCCGACUAUAUGCACACUCUUCUUUUACCAGGACGCCUCCUUGACACUUUUACCACGAACACAAAGGACUGUGAGUACUUACCACUUGAUAGCAGUUUGACAGCAGCAUAUAUGCGCUCAUUUCUCAUGUAAUUUACGACG